UCGGGUUCGGAGCCCCAACUCCUACUUCCUUCCCUCCUCCUCCUCCUCCUCCUUCGUUCCCCAAAAAAUUCCCUCUACCCAUUCGUUCUCCCGCCGCCGCCGCCGUAUUGGCAUCGUCGGGGGCGCUCUACUUCCCGAUGGAGGCGGCGACCAGCGGGGCGGAGGAGGUGGAGGAGGAGAAGAAGGCUGAGUUCGAUGCGUCGGAGAUAGAGUACGCGAGCUACGGCGGGGAGCACCACCUGCCGCUCAUCAUGAGCCUCGUCGACCAGGAGCUCAGCGAGCCCUACUCCAUCUUCACCUACCGCUACUUCGUCUACCUCUGGCCUCAGCUCUCCUUCCUGGCGUUUCACAAGGGCAAGUGCGUGGGGACCGUGGUGUGCAAGAUGGGCGAGCAUCGGAGCACCUACCGGGGUUACAUUGCGAUGCUGGUCGUCAUCAAGCCCUACCGAGGGAAAGGGAUAGCCACGGAACUCGUGAGUAGAUCCAUCAGUGUCAUGAGGGAGUCUGGCUGCGAAGAGGUGACUUUGGAAGCAGAAGUCACAAAUAAAGGAGCCCUGGCACUUUAUGGUCGUCUUGGAUUCAUUAGGGCCAAGAGGCUCUUCCGAUACUAUCUGAAUGGAGUCGAUGCAUUCCGUUUAAAGUUGCUAUUUCCACAGCCUGAGCUACACCCUUCUCUGGUUAUGAUGGCGAAUGACGAUGCUAGUCAGAGGCAUCCUGCUAACAGACCACUGGAAGAGAUCCCUGAGGAACAAGAAAGGUUUUAGUAGACAAUUCUUCUAUGGUGAAAAGUGCUGGCAAUAAUUGGAGGAGGCAGCAGGAAUGAGGAAUCAAUUGAAAGUGCUGGCCUUGAACCCGUUACAUUAUAGAUGAAUAUGAUCUCGCUGUAAGCUUGACUAGUCGAAGGACAGUUCUUGUAUACAAUGUUCAUUCAAUUUUGGUUCUUCUAUGCUCCAAUUUCAGAGAUAAAAUCAUAUUUCCUAUUUUAUUAAUCAUAUUGGGCAACUUGUAUUUACGAGUUUGGAGAUAAUUUCAAAUUGGCCUGUUCGAUUGC